CAUGGGGCUCGAACCCACAACCCCAAGGUCAAGAGUCAUGUGCUCUACCAACUGAGCCAGCCAGAUGCCCCUAUAAGAUCUUGACCAAUUUUUUAAAUCUCAGGUAAAUUACUUUAUUUGUAUUCUGCACAAGUUGACAGAAUGAUCUGAGACCCUGAAUUAGAUUCUGAAUUGAUGUUUUUACCUCUUUAUUCAACUAGCUUUUACCAGUACCCAGCAGAUACAAAUGUGAUUUCCUCUGAGUUAUGUUAGUUUAUAAUCCUCUGUGGUUUGCUAUUUAAUUCUGCUUUCCAUUCUGAAGGACUUCUUAGCCUUUGUUCAUUAAUCAUAGGAAACAGUUGUGCAACAUGCCUUGACAUUAACUUGAACAUCUAAAAUUAGUCUUGCUACAAUCAGUGGUUGGGAACAAUGUUUCAGUAGUUUGUGACAUGUGUUAAGUAGACAUUGCAAGAUUGGAAGGAACUCCCUAGAAAAAAAAGUUAUAGAAACUCAUUCACAAAAAAUGACAUCUUGGUUGUAUGAAUGUCUUUGUGAAGCUGAACUUGCACAGUAUUAUCCUCAUUUUACUGCCCUUGGUCUUCAAAAAAUAGAUGAAUUAGCCAAGGUUACAAUGAAGGACUAUUCCAAAUUGGGAGUCCAUGACAUGAAUGACCGCAAACGUCUCUUCCAACUUAUCAAAAUCAUUAAGAUUAUGCAGGAAGAAGAUAAAGCAGUCAGUAGCCCAGAGCAUCCUCUUCAGACAAACAGCCUGUACAUUAAGCCUCAGGAAUCCAGAUCUGGCCCUCGCAGACAACUGCAUUUUGAUUCUCCUGCUGACAACAAAGACAGAACUACCAGCAACAACGGGCUUGAAAUGUGCAGGUUAUCAGAUUCUUCUGUAAACAAACAGAAGUCUAGUUACCUAAAAGUGCUCCAACGCAUGCUGCCGGCUGAUUCCCAACACCAUACAAAAACAAGAAUUCGGAAUGCCACAGCUGCUGGUUCCUAUGUGCAAACAGAAACUAACACUUCACUCUUUUCAUCAAAUCACUUUUCUCCAAUACUGGGGGAUUAUGAUAUUCCCGUUAUUCAAAGAGUCCCUCAUGUUUCAGAGUAUAACUAUGGAAUCCCUCAGUCCUGUAUCAGACAGAACACCUCAGAGAAAGAGAAUCCUUGGACUGAGAUGGAGAAAAUCAGAGUUUGUGUUCGAAAACGCCCUUUGGGCCUAAGGGAGGUACGUCGUGGAGAAAUUAAUAUUAUUACUGUACAAGACAAAGAAACUCUACUUGUUCAUGAGAAGAAAGAAGCAGUUGACCUCACACAAUAUAUUCUGCAGCAUGUUUUUUAUUUUGAUGAAGUCUUUGGUGAGGCAUGCACCAACCGGGAUGUAUACAUGAAGACUACUCACCCACUCAUUCAGCAUAUUUUCAAUGGAGGGAAUGCCACUUGCUUCGCAUAUGGACAGACAGGUGCUGGGAAGACCUACACCAUGAUAGGAACUCAUCAGAACCCAGGACUCUAUGCUCUGGCUGCCAAAGAGAUCUUCAGGCAACUAGAAGUGUCCCAGCCAAAAAGGCACCUCUUUGUGUGGAUCAGCUUCUAUGAAAUCUACUGUGGACAGCUUUAUGACCUCUUAAAUAGAAGAAAAAGGCUCUUUGCAAGAGAAGAUAGCAACCACGUGGUACAGAUAGUGGGACUGCAAGAGCUUCAGGUGAACAGUGUGGAGCUCCUCUUAGAGGUGAUUCUGAAAGGCAGCAAGGAGCGCAGCACUGGGGCCACUGGAGUUAAUGCAGACUCCUCCCGCUCCCAUGCUAUCAUCCAAAUUCAGAUCAAAGAUUCAGCCAAGAGGACAUUUGGCAGGAUCUCUUUUAUUGACUUGGCUGGCAGUGAAAGAGCAGCAGACGCCAGAGACUCAGAUAGACAGACAAAGAUGGAAGGUGCAGAAAUAAACCAGAGUCUUCUGGCUCUGAAGGAAUGUAUCCGAGCAUUGGAUCAGGAACACAGCCACACUCCCUUCAGGCAAAGCAAAUUAACUCAGGUCCUGAAGGAUUCUUUCAUCGGUGAUGCCAAAACAUGCAUGAUUGCCAACAUCUCGCCAAGCCACGUGGCCACUGAACACACUCUGAAUACCUUGCGUUAUGCUGACCGGGUCAAAGAACUAAAGAAAGGCAUUAAAUGUUGUGCUUCAGCUACCAGUCGAAAUCGGACCUCUGGAAACUCUUCUCCAAAACGAAUCCAGAGCUCCCCUGUGGCCCUGCCAGGGGAUAAGUGUUCUCCCAAAAAAGUCAAGCUGGGACUUCAGCAGUCAUUCACAGCAGCUCCCGGUUCCACGAGAGGGAAGGCUCAUCCUCUGGCAAACCGCCCACCCAAUAUCCCUUUUGCUCCUGUACCUAAAGUUCCCAGUAAAAGGGGUGGAUCCAGAGGGAGUCUUCACCAAGAGUGGGUCAUUCAGACUAGCCCUGUGAAGGGAGCCACACGGUCUGGACAUUCAGUCAAAAAAAGCGAAGAGUCUGCCUCAUUGUGCUCUGAGAAAAUUCAAAUGAGCCACAAAGCUGCCCGCAGAUGGGGAAGCAGGACCCCUGGCCCAGGAGAAGACCCGGUGCAUGGCAAACUGCCCUCCAAGUGCAAGAAAGUGCAGACUGUGCAGCCAGUGCAGAAGCAGCUUGUGUCACGAGUUGAGCUCUCCGCUGGCAACCUCCACCACUUAGCAGAAUACAGUCAGGGCAGCAAGGGGAGCACACCUGCCAGGUCUGCCUCUGAAGCUUGGACAGACAUCCCUCCACACCAGAAGGAGAGGGAGGAACAUUUGCGCUUUUAUCACCAGCAGUUCCAGCAGCCGCCUCUCCUCCAGCAGAAGUUAAAGUACCAACCACUGGAAAGGUUUUUAUGCCAGUACAGGCCCCUAGAGGGGCAGCUCCAGAAGGAGACCCCUCCUCCCUUCUGUUCUUACUCUGAGAGCCAGGAUGGAGCCCAAACUGAGGACCUUGAUGACAGCGAUUUCAGUGAAGAUUCUUUUUCACAUGUCUCCAGUCAGAGAACCACAAAGCAGAGAAACACCCUAGAGAAUAGCGAAGGUUCAUUCUUCCUUCAUCAGAGGGAACAAGGACCUGAGGAGCAGGUGGCUGAAAGGCAGCGAAGUCUGCUUUUUAACCCCAGGACAGAUGGUGAUGAGAAGUGUCUAACUGGAAGCUGGAUGUACUCCAGGGACCCCACAAGCCACAGAAGAGCAGCACUUAAUCGUGGCCACAGCCCAAGUAAGUUACCUUUGGACUGGAGCAGAGAGGAGGACUCUACCUCCUCAGCACCUUCUCCCAGAGACAACCUGGCAGAGAAGCCUUACUGCUCACAGGUAGAGUUUGUAUAUGGCCAGAAAAGAGGUGGCAGCCCAGCCUUUGAUCUCAGACAGAAUGCCUUCAGAAGUGAGGUUCCUGGGCAGGCCGAGGGUACUUCACCAUCCCUGGAGGCAGAUGGUUUCAUUUUCUCACUAUCCCACAUUGCAGUUGCAAGAUCUCCAGACCAAAGAGACACAGUCAGUACACCUCUGAAAGAAGUCAGACAAGACAGCCCAACAGCAAAGAACAGUUACGCAUACCAAGACGACGACUCUAAAGGGGAAUCAGGCACAUGCUCUGAAUAUGCUUCUGGAGUGAUGGCUCCCCUCACUGUGUCCCUCCUGGAGAACACAGACAAUGAGGGCUCUCUUUCCUUGGAACAGCUGGCCCAGGAUGGGCCUGUGCAUAGUCUAGCGGCAGUGGACACAGGGGGACCAGCUGUGGACCACACAGUGCCAUCUGAUGAUCAAAAGGCACUUCUGCCAAUCUCUUCGGCAACUGGGCACCUGUGGCUCUCAUCAUCUCCCCCUGACAAUAAGCCUAGUGGUGGUCUUCCAGCUCUGUCCCCAUCACCCAUCCGUCAGCAGCCCCCGGACAAGCUACCCACAAGUGAGGCCGACCUAGGAGGGGUCUGCGAGAGCACAGAGACUGCUCUCUUCUCCCAGGAACAUGUGGGUAGCCAGCAGUAUGAUGCUGAUGCUAAGGACACAGAGCUGAACAGCUCCCAAGGUUUCCCAGGAAAGCCCUUCCCCACCAUACAUACUGGAGGACCCCACCCUGGGCCUAUAUUCACCCCACAAACAGAAAGUAGUGAUAUGGCUGACCAGCCCUGGGCCCAGGAAAGAAAACAUCCAACAGGUCUUGGUUGGCAGGAGCUGAGUUUGUCCACAGACCCCAUCAAGUUGUCUUGCUCCAACACAGACGUCGUAUGGCUCAAAUACAGGCUGAUCCCAAGACGCUUAGCAAGGCCAGGCUCUCCCCUGAUCCCUAGCUGCUCUCCAGAGACAGCAGGAAAAGUCCAUCAGCUCACCCUGGGGCAUGCACAGCAGGUGGUCAUUCGAGCACACCAGGAACAGCUGGAUGAAAUGGCAAAACUGGGCUUCAAGGAGGAGACCCUAAUGAGCCAGUUGGCUCUUAAUGAUUUUGAAGAUUUUGUGACCCAGCUGGAUGAAAUCAUGGUUCUGAAAUCCAAGUGCAUCCAGAGUCUGAGGAGCCAGCUUCAGCUAUAUCUGGCCUGCCACAGGCCAGCCACCGCCCCUGAGAGAACAAUGGUGUCUUAGAGUAAGACCCAGUAUGAGGUGAUGGCAGCUCAGGAGCCUGUGCUGAAGGGGCCUCUGCCAGGUCCUCCCUGCAGAUACCAGACCCACUCCCUGAUCCUUCUCAGGCUACCCUUUCCCUAGCCACACAUGGCCUUGACUGGGCCCCAGCUCCUCUCUCAGGACCAAGACUCUGUCCCUCAAUUUCAAGCACAAGGCCAUCUGUAAGGAAGGACAGAGCAGCCUAAAAAAAAACAAUAUGGCCCUCCCUUUUCUUUGGGGCUAGAAGAGAAUUUGUCUUACUGACCUCUUGUCUGGAAACACACUUGGGUCUAAUAACCUUGUAGAUGUUUCUGAAUUUAAGGCUCAGAGGAUGAGGUCAGUGGUAAUGUAAAUGCCAAAGGCCACAAGCUGGAGAAGAAACCAUGCUGAACUCAGGGGCUUUGUUAGAUGAAUUCUGUUCUUCAAGACUUAGCCAAAAACUAAAACACUGGUGGCUUGUAGUGGGGGCUGGGUGAGCUCUGCCCCAUCAGCCCUUGGAGACUGGUUUGGGGUUUAGGUUGCAUACGUGGGACAGGCUUUAUACCCCCAGUUCCCCUCCCUUCCUGCAAUCCAGACACAGAAGGGAGUGUUCAUAUUACUGCAUUAUUCUUUUCCCAUCUCUGCUUCUGCUGGGAUGACUGGCCUAUUAUAAGCCCUAACAGCACCCAUGCUCCUGUGGCAGGCAGUUCCUGGCUCCUGAGUCCUCACCUGUCACCCCUCUCGUGGCAAAGUUGAAGGGGAGGAUCUCAGGCAAGUCCAUCUCCUAGUGUUAACUUUAACAUGACCCUGACUGUCCACUACCUCAAGAGCCUGUGUUAGUAGUAUCUUGGCAGGAGUGCUCCAGUCAGUAGUCUUGAGAAUCUGAAGCAAAAUUUUUACACACCCUUUUCAUCAGGAAGAGGCUCAAGACAAAGACAAAUACAAACUGGUCCAUCACUUACUAGGGCCUCCCGGGUCAAACUUCAGAUUCAUGUGUCAGCCUUGGCCCGGAUGCCCACUAUAAUGUGUGAAUCUUCAAUUUCUUACAGGGAAAGGACACCUUUGUAAGGUUUUAAAAGGAAGGCUUAAUUAAGAGGAUAGAAGCAUUAACUGGCUUUCAACAAGACUGCAGCCCUGCUGCCCUUUAACUGAUCUGAGCACUAGAGGGCGGCCUCUUUCCUGGCCAAAAGACUGCAGUCUCUCCUCAUAUGAUCACUCAAAAUACUAGACCCAUUCCCAGCCAUGAGCAUAAGGUAGGGACUACAGGAUGGCAUUAAGUAUAAAGACCAGAAACUUCAGGGAGGAAUCUAGUUCUCUCAGCUACAACAGCACCACUGAGAGCUGGUGAAACAGUCUGAAUCCAGUUCUGCCUGCGGCGCACAGCACAUAAACGCCUGAUGCUUCUCACAGGGAAAGGUACUUCCUCGUUUCUGAGUGACUACACCACAGGCCCAGCCUGUCUCACCUCCAGUCUUGCAGGAAGGCAUAUGUCCUUGUUCCAGAGACUGAGCUACGUCAGGUUUGUAACAGAUCCUCAUCUGGGUCUGCCUCUUCAAACCAAAACCCAGGGCAGACUGCAGGGCCAGCUUCUGGGUACCAAAGGCCUACAGUGGGAAGAAAGUACUAAAAAGACAAAAUAGUUAGCUCCUAUUUCAUGAGCAGCAAAUCUAAGCAGGAACCUCUUCACCACCCACCCCAGCCCCUCAGUAAAACAGCACUUGGCAAUAAAUUAUCACAGCAGAACAUACCUUUUAGAGUUUUAUUAGUAGUUCUCUGAAGAAUCAAAAUAGUUAGCAAAUUACUUUAGAUUCAAGACUGUAUAUCCUUUGUAUUUAGAUCUUUAAUGAUGAACAACAUAAUACAAAACAAACGAAAGAGACUGA